AUGUUCGACAGCAUAGACGACAUAAGGCUAUCUGAUAUACUGUUUGGAAGCGACAUAGAUGCAAGCCAUUGCAGCAAAGUCUCUAAGAAAAAGGAAGAGGAGAAGAGCAUGUGGAAGAAGAAUGUUCGGCACUACAAGAUUCUCUCUGUUGACCAAAUAUCUGCAUUGGAAGACUUUUUCAUUAGUAAGCAGCUGCCUAUAACAAAAACAAAUAUAAAGCAUGCAUCAAAGGCUCUCAAGAUCCCAUACCAGAGAUCUGUAAACUAUCUUUACAAUAAGUACAAGAAAGCCCAGGAGAAUGCCGAAGACUUCUACCACAGAUGCAUCCACGAGUUUGGAUUAAUAAUGCAAAAUGUAGAAAAAUGCUGGGAGAUGUAUCUUAAGGGGUGCCAAGCAUACAACUCCACCCCGGACAGUAGAAAUUAA